UCAUGACAAUUCUUGUUCUGUAAACUUUCAUGACAAUUCUUGUUCUGUAAACUUUCAUGACAAUUCUUGUUCUGUAAACUUUCAUGACAAUUCUUGUUCUGUAAACUUUCAUGACUCACUUUAUUUGUAUUCACUUUCAGGUUUGGACAAUCUUGGCUCUUGUGGCGUGUGGAAUGUUCCUCGGUUUUCCCCAGGGAUCAGACACACAGACACAGACCAACACAUCAAACAGCCUCCAGAGGAAUGUGACUCUGGUCCUAGAGAUGCCCAUGAUAGGCUAUGCCGGGCUCCUGCAGAACAAAUCCUUCUACAACAUGCUUUUCAACGAUUUGACCAACAGUAUAUGGACAGCUUGGAAAGAAGAAACCAGCGAUGUGACCAUACUUUCUAUAGCCCACCGGUUAGGAAACCUUCAAGUUCUCACGUCCGUCUCCAUCAUAAAGAAGAACGCCAACCCUGACCCCGAGGGGGCAUUCGCCUACGCGCUGCUCACCAUGGCGCGCAAUGGCUUCGUCUUCCAGGGUACUCGCAUACCCUGGGUCAGGUACAACGGUUAUACAGUUCAACCCACCCUCGACGUGUGUGCAGCUAGACAAAAGAUGGACCCGUGUCUUCAGAAGGACGGCAAAUAUUGCAACCCCUUCAGGCGAGGCGCCUGCGUUUUUUACGAGCCGAUAAAUGACCGAAACGAGGAAGAAUUGCCUGGGUUGAAGUGGAAUCCCUGCCCACCUUCUCCACCCCGUACGGCAGCAGGGGAAGGAACUCCGGAGGUCCGCUCAACUUGUUCAGAGAUGUGCCAAAUUGGACCAGCGAGAGGAUGUAGAGAUGUGCCAAAUUGGACCACCGAGAGGAUGUAGAGAUGUGCCAAAUUGGACCAGCGAGAGGAUGUAGAGAUGUGCCAAAUUGGACCACCGAGGGGAUGUAGAGAUGUGCCAAAUUGGACCACCGAGAGGACGUAGGGAUACGCCAAGGACGUAGAGAUGCGCUAUACUGGACCGACAGGACGUAGAGAUACGCCAAGGACGUAGAGAUGCGCUAUACUGGACUGACAGGGCGUAGAGAUUCGCCAAGGACGUAGAGAUGCGCUAUACUGGACUGACAGGACGUAGAGAUACGCCAAGGACGUAGAGAUGCGCUAUACUGGACUGACAGGACGUAGAGAUACGCCAAGGACGUAGAGAUGCGCUAUACUGGACUGACAGGGCGUAGAGAUACGCCAAGGACGUAGCGAUGCGCUAUACUGGACUGAUAGGGCGUAGAGAUACGCCAAGGACGUAGCGAUGCGCUAUACUGGACUGACAGAGCGUAGAGAUACGCUUAGGACGUAGCGAUGAGCUGUAGCCUACUAUAUUUUUUAUUGUCGUAUAGAUUAUAAACUGUUUGUUUUCGAGCAUUGUAUUUAUACCAAGACAUGUUGCUGAUUUGAAUCAGGAAGGAUGACUUAUUUGAGACUGACUGCUUAGGGGACGUUCAAACAAACCUCACGCUUGGAAAGGGGAGGGGGGGGGGGGUCCUGAACCAAUGUAAUAUUACUUUUUUUUGGUCCCGAGGUGUUGACUUUCAGGAUUUCGCUGUAAUUUGUUCUAUUUGUAAUUAAGGCGCUUUUAACAUUGACAUGAGUCUCAUUUUCCCCCCCUUAUUAGUAAGAAAGAGUGAAUGCAAUAUUAUGCUUGAAUGAUUUGCUCUGUUAUUUGUGUGUGUGUGUGUGUGUGUGUGUGUG